AUGUCUGACCUUGAGCUGACACCCGAGUACGACACAGCGUACAAAAAAAACCUGGAGAGCCAAAUAGCGCUCAAAAAGCGGCUACUCCAGGCUGCCCAGAAGCAGCUGGAACUGUUUAGGCAGCGGAAUACGACCGACUCGCCAAAGGUUUCUCAGAUCGCUCUAACCGACGCGCUUGCUAAGGUCCCAUUCCAUCCGCCGCGGAACGACCUGAUCGGGCUUUCGCUGGCACAAAAUACACUGGGCACGCAGCUGGACGCCAUCAACAAGUCCCUCGCAGAGAUUGCGAGCUCCAAUAAAGAGCUUCAGAGGCGCGCAGACGACAUGGCUAACACAAAUGCAGUGUUUGAUAUAUUAAAGAGUGAGCUAGAGGAGCGCAUAGAGCAGGAGAUGGACAAGAAACAGCAAUUGUUGAGCCACACAGUUGGGGACCACAUCAAGGACGCGUAUUUACAGAAGCAGGCAAAACUGGUGGACAGAUCUACAAAACUGAUCGAAAUAUCGAAAAAACUUAUUGUGGACUAUAUCCUGCGGAAAGAAUUCGAGGCACUUUUCACGGAAGAGGAGCUGGACGAAAGAAAACAGAAGUUUCUCAAGCUGCUGGAAAUCCUGCUCAACAACUCCAUCACCAGCACCGGGAACUCGAAACUGCUCGAGGUGGACAACAAAGACGACCCGCUCAUUCGAUACCUGAUUCUCAACAAUAUCAUUGUCGCCGACCCGAAGAACCCGAACAAGAUCAAGCUCCGCGAUCUCGCCACAAACCUCUAA